GUUAAGGUAGUGCUCAGAACGGCUUCAUUCAUCUAGAAAAGGAACAGAAAUGGAAUGGGCUAGUCAGUUAUGCGACAACAGAGGAAUAGGAUCCAAGAUGACGGACUCAAAAUAUUUCACCACAACCAAGAAAGGAGAGAUCUUCGAGCUGAAGGCAGAGCUGAACAGCGACAAGAAGGAGAAGAAGAAGGAGGCGGUGAAGAAGGUCAUCGCCUCCAUGACGGUUGGGAAAGACGUCAGUGCACUGUUUCCUGACGUGGUGAACUGCAUGCAGACUGACAACCUGGAACUGAAGAAGCUGGUCUACCUGUACCUGAUGAACUAUGCCAAGAGCCAGCCGGACAUGGCCAUCAUGGCCGUCAACACCUUUGUCAAGGACUGUGAGGACCCCAACCCCUUGAUCCGGGCGCUGGCCGUGCGCACCAUGGGCUGCAUCCGUGUGGAUAAAAUCACAGAGUACCUGUGUGAGCCUCUGCGCAAGUGCCUGAAGGACGAGGAUCCCUACGUGAGAAAGACGGCCGCCGUGUGUGUGGCCAAGCUCCACGACAUCAACGCUCAGCUAGUGGAGGACCAGGGCUUUCUGGACACCCUGAAGGACCUGAUCUCCGACUCCAAUCCCAUGGUGGUAGCGAAUGCUGUAGCUGCUCUCUCCGAGAUCUCCGAGUCCCAUCCCAACAGCAACCUGUUGGAUCUGAACCCUCAGACCAUCAACAAGCUGCUGACGGCCCUGAACGAGUGCACAGAGUGGGGUCAGAUCUUCAUCCUGGACUGCCUGGCCAACUACACACCUCGUGAUGACAGAGAGUCCCAGAGUAUCUGUGAGCGGGUCACUCCGAGACUGUCCCACGCUAACUCGGCCGUAGUGCUGUCAGCCGUGAAGGUGCUCAUGAAGUUUAUGGAGAUGCUUCCUAAAGAUGUGGACUACUACGGGACCCUGCUGAAGAAGCUAGCCCCUCCGCUGGUCACUCUGCUUUCGGCCGAGCCCGAGCUUCAGUAUGUCGCUCUGAGGAACAUAAACCUCAUUGUGCAGAAACGACCUGAGAUCCUAAAGCAUGAGAUGAAGGUCUUUUUUGUAAAAUACAACGACCCGAUCUACGUCAAGCUAGAGAAACUGGACAUCAUGAUCCGACUGGCCUCUCAGGCCAACAUUGCACAGGUUUUGGCUGAACUGAAGGAAUACGCCACCGAGGUGGACGUGGAUUUUGUCCGCAAGGCCGUCCGUGCUAUCGGCCGCUGCGCCAUCAAAGUGGAGCAAUCAGCCGAGCGCUGUGUCAGCACCCUGCUGGAUCUCAUUCAGACCAAAGUGAACUAUGUGGUGCAGGAGGCUAUUGUGGUCAUCAAGGACAUCUUCCGCAAGUACCCCAACAAGUAUGAGAGUGUGAUUGCCACCCUUUGUGAGAACCUGGACUCUCUGGAUGAACCAGAGGCACGGGCAGCCAUGAUCUGGAUCGUGGGUGAAUACGCAGAGAGGAUCGAUAACGCAGACGAGCUGCUGGAGAGCUUCAUGGAGGGUUUCCAUGAUGAAAGCACGCAGGUGCAGCUGCAGCUCCUGACGGCAAUCGUCAAGCUGUUCCUGAAGAAACCCACCGAGACCCAGGAGCUCGUCCAGCAAGUGCUCAGCCUCGCCACACAGGAUUCUGAUAAUCCGGACCUGCGAGACCGUGGCUACAUCUACUGGCGCCUUCUGUCCACCGACCCCGUGGCCGCCAAGGAGGUGGUUCUGGCUGAGAAGCCUCUGAUUUCGGAGGAGACUGACCUGAUCGAGCCCACACUGCUGGACGAGCUCAUCUGCCACAUCGGGACACUGGCCUCUGUCUACCACAAACCGCCCAGCGCCUUCGUGGAGGGUAGCCGUGGGGUGCAGCACAAACGCCUCCCCGCCCGCGCCGGCUCUGGUGAAAGCAGUGAAAGUCCAGACGUUGGCCAGGCAGUGCCAGCCACUGAUGCCACCCCCUCAGUCAUACCAUCCCAGGGUGAUCUCCUAGGUGAUCUGCUCAACCUGGACCUCGCUCCACCCGCCGCUACCGUGCCACCCUCGAUGCAGAUGGGAGCGGUGGACCUGCUGGGUGGAGGCCUGGACAGCCUGAUGGGAGAUGAAUCUGAAACGCUUGGAGACAUCGGGGGCAGUCCUGCGAUGGGUGUCGGUCUGAAUGCACCUCCGGCGGGCAUGCCGGCAGGUCUUGGCACUGCCCCUGCUGUUGGAGGGGGUCUGAGUGACCUCUUUGAUCUCGGCGGGGGUGUAGGGAUGACCACAGGAGCCUAUGUUCCACCCAAAGUGGUCUGGCUGCCGGCGAUGAAGGCUAAGGGCUUGGAGAUCUCGGGAACGUUCGCCAGACACGGCGGUGUCAUUAACUUGGACCUGUCGCUGACCAACAAGGCCAUGAGCGUCAUGACUGACUUUGCGAUCCAGUUCAAUAAGAACAGUUUCGGGCUGUCCCCGGCUGGUCCGCUGCAGGUUCUGACUCCCAUCAGUCCUAACCAGACAGUCGAGGUGAGCCUCCCUCUCAGCAGCACCGGACCCAUCAUGAAAAUGGAACCGCUGAACAACCUCCAGGUUGCUGUGAAGAAUAACAUAGACGUGUUCUACUUCAGCUGCCAGUACCCCAUCAGCUUGCUCUUCGCAGAGGACGGCAAGAUGGAUAAUCAGGUGUUUCUGGCAACCUGGAAGGACAUUCCCAACGAGGCUCAGUUUCAGAUUAAAGACUGCCACCUCAGUGCAGACGGCGCGAGUAACAAACUGCAGGGCAGCAACGUGUUCACGGUGGCCAGGCGCACGGUGGAGGCCAUGGAGCUGCUGUACCAGUCCAUCAAACUGGCCAAUGGCAUUUGGGUGCUGGCAGAGCUCCGUGUGCAGAGUGGACUCACUAACUACACGCUGUCGGUGAAGUGUCGGGCUCUGGAGGUCAUCCAGUACGUCUCUCAGAGUUACGAGCUGAUCCUGCGGAACUGAGGCAGCUGGAGGACGCUGUACGCUACUCGUUCUCUCCGUUCCGACUGUGAGCUGAUGGAGGACAGGGUCUGGACCAGCUCCACCCUUCUCAUCGCUCCUUUUUCCCAUUGACUGUCUCUCAAAUUGCAUCAUCUUCUUAUUUGGACUGUUUUCAACACCCCAACUCACUUAAAAUUCCUAAAUUUAACACUUCCCCCCCCCCCCCCCCCCCCCCAACCCGCUCCUCUUUUUUUCUUUCGUGUUUCUUUUUUUGAUGUACGAGUCUUGAGCAUAAAUUCCAACCAUACAGCUGUUUCGUUUAAUCCAGAGCGCUGUCGGUAAACAUAUUGUUGCAUUUUGCUGUGUGUGUAACCCUCGUUAAACAUCUGUAGAUCUGCCUGCCACACAUCUGUCUCCACUUCUCACUAAUGAUAUGCAUUUAAAUAUAAGUAAGGAGUCUUCCUUGGACCCUGCUUGAAAUCAGUUCUGCAAAUGUAGGAAAAGCACAAUACAGCAGUGAACGUCUAUGAUGUGGUAGAUUUUAUCUUUGAGGGACUGUUUGGCCAAAAAAACAUGUUCUCACGAUGUUUGUUUUUAGCUGCGAGGCUACUAUUAGCCAUGAACUGAUGUGUUAAUUAUGAAACACUUACAUUAAAAUCUGUUGUUUAAUAAUACAGUUUAUUAGGCCGCUCAGGUGGCGCAGCGGUAAAAACACACGCUGGAACCAGAGCUGGGAUCUCGAAUACAUCGUAUUGAAUCUCCGCUCUGCCUGCCGUCUAAGGCUGAGCGGCCACAUGAACGACGAUUGGCCUGUUGUUCAGAUAUAGGCGGGACUAAGCCGGAUGGGGUCUCUCUCUCAUGACUGGUGCAAUUACGACCUCUGCUGGCUGAUUGAUGGUGCCUGCACAGAGAUGAGAAAAGAGUGCUCUCAGGGUGUGUCUCUUCAUGCACACCGCACUCGUCAAAACUGUAGGUGAUGAGAUGCAUACAGCUGCUGCCCACGUGUCGGAGGGGGCGUGGGUUAGCUUCGGCAUUGGCGGAGAGGAAGCAUGAUGCAAUCGGGCCAUUGGACGCUCCAAAAGGGAGAAAAAAGGGGAGAAAAUGCAUAUAUAUAUAUAUCACAGAGCUUGGACUGAAAAACUAAUCACGGACACUGAGUUCAUACAUUUGGUUCAGCCAAUCAUUUGCCCAAACAAGUCAUAUCAGUGAUAAGAGAUGCAUUCCAAUUGGCUGCCCCCGACCCCCGUGAUCAAGGAGAGUUGAGGCCGUUGAUCGCUUCUUUUUACCUGCUAGGGGCGGGGUCUCUGUGGCAAGCCAUGCACUGCUUAUCGGUGAUCAUCCCCCCCAUGAGGCCACAAUUGCCCUGCAGCGAGGAACCCUGUUCAGCUAGACACGCAUCUAAUCUUAUGUCUGUGCAGGUGCCUGGCCGGCUACUAGCAGAGCUGAGAUUCGAACUUAAAACCUUGAGAUCUCAGCUCUGGUGGGCUGGCACGUUUUAGGACUGCAUCUGUCCUAGUGGGUUCAGUUUUUCUACUCUUUUAGACACUCCUACCUAGUUGGUCCACCUUGUAGAUGCAAGUCAGAGAUGAUCGCUCAUCUAUUGCUGCUGUUUGAGUCGGUCAUCUUCUAGACCUUCAUCAGUGGUCACAGGACGCUGCCCACGGGAUGCUGUUGGCUGGAUAUUUUUGGUUGGUGGACUAUUCUCAGUCCGGCAGUGACAGUGAGGUGUUUAAAAACUCCAGCAGCGCUGCUGUGUCUGAUCCACUCAUACCAGCACCAUGUCAGUGUCACUGCAGUGCUGAGAAUGAUCCACCACCUAAAUAAUACCUGCUCUGUGGUGGUCCUGUGGGGGUCCUGACCAUUGAAGAACAGCAUGAAAGGGGGCUAACAAAGCAUGCAGAGAAACAGAUGGACUACAGUCAGUAAUUGUAGAACUACAAAGUGCUUCUAUAUGGUAAGUGGAGCUGAUAAAAUGGACAGUGAGAGUAGAAACAAGGAGGUGGUUUUAAUGUUAUGGCUGAUCGGUGUAUAACAGUGUAGAAUGUUUUGAGGUGGGUGAAGCUUUAAGCGAAUGUUAUUUUUGACCAAACUUUUCCUUCACUGUGGAGCAGACGUGAUCAGCUUCUCAUCAGGAGGUGUGAAGUGGCUGAGUGUGUUACGGUGGGAUUUGAUCCGUCUGCUGUUUUGUUUCAGGAGUGCUGUGUGUCAGGCAUAUUUGUAAUGUUCAUCUGUGUGCUUUACUGUAUCGAUUAUAUCAUUCAUUUGACGUUAGGAGAUGUUGGUGCGGGCGUUUUAAUCACUGUAAAAAGCUGCCGGGUUCUUAUGAUGGUGUGUUUUGUUUGGCUGUCUUGCUGAUUUGCUUUGUUUUCAGUUGUUUUGUGUUAUUUUAGGCAGAGCAGGAAAGUGUAAUCCUGAUAUGUAGUGCUCCACAUUAAAAUGUUGACCCCGGCAGGUCAGGAAGGAGAUCAUUUGCUGUUUGUUAGUGCUUGUUCUUAUUAAGGUUGUUUUUGUAGUGCGUGUAAUCAUAUUCUUUCUUAAAUUUUAAACUACUAAAUAUAGUAAAUAUUUCACAGUUUCUAAAUUCUUGUGACCAAUUAUGUUUUCUGCUGUUUUUCUUUCUUUUUGACUAAAUAAUUAUUUUUUUUUUAAAAACCUUUCCCCCCCAAUUUUCCCCCCUAAUCUAGUCGUGUCCAGUUACCCUGAUUGCGUCCUCUAUACUGAUUCGACCCUCACGGGCACUGUGUAUGGAGGGCCACACCCCCAUCAGCAUUAUUCCUCAGUCCUGUGCAGGCGCCAUCAGUCAGCCAGCAGGGGUCGCAGUUACACCAGUUAUGAGGACCUAUGAUCCGACUUUUUUUACCCUCUAACCCGGAACAGCCGAUCGUUGUUCAUGCUGCCGCCCAGUCCAGUCGGAAAGGCAGAGCUGAGAUUCGAUACGAUGUAUUGGAAACCCCAACUCUGGUGCGCUAGCGUACUUUACCGCUGCGCCACCUGAGCGGCUUUUGUGACUAAAUCAUGAAAACAUUUUGUGCCACAUAAGGGGUUUUCUGGUGUUAAAUUCAGCUGUCAAAAAUGCUGCAGGUUUGAUUCUCUGUCUGCGGGAGGGAGGGCCGUAUAGGGAUUCCUCAUAACUGCUGCAGUUACGACUUCUGCUGGCUGAUCGAUGCCGCCUGCACAGAGACGGGGGAUAAUAGGGUUCGGGGCAUGAUGCUCCAUAUGAACCCGCCCCCUGCAGGGUAAAAGAAGCGGACGGCUACUGAACACGUGUCAGCGUGUGUUAGUCACGGUCCUCCUCGGUCAGGAGUGGAGGUCUGCAGCAGCAGUAGUGAAAGCAAAAUGUGAUCGGGAAAUUGGAUAUGACUAGAUUGGGAGGAAAUGAAGGACAUCUGAACUAAACAGCAGUAAUGUUGCUCUAAAUUUAAUUGAAAUUUCUGCACCUCGGAUGUCUAAGAGAGCGUAAAAUAAAUAAGAUGAUACAGUAGCACCUUUGUUUUAAUCAAGCAUCUUUAAAUGGUUUCCAUUACCAUUUAAAUUUACCCUCUGAAAGUUCUCUUUACAUAAUUGUUUUUUUUCCACAUAACCCUGUCUGCGUCUGUGUGUUCUUAUGUUGCAAGUGUGUGUGUGUGUGUGUGUGUGUGUUGGUGUGUCUGGAAGGACAAGAGAAAGCUGAACCAGUCUCAGUGUGUAGCAGCCUGCUGAUUCAGAACUCUUAACAACAGACUGUCAAUAUCGUCCAAAAAUAUUCACAAUGGUUGUUGCUGGAUUGUUUGUAAGGAUAUGAUCAUCGAAAUGUGAAUAAAACUGGUAUAUUCCUGAAA